CGAUCAUCUGCGCUACUGCGGUUGACAUGCCUAUGUUGAUCGCGGGUCGUGGCUUACAAGGCAUAGCUGGUGGUGGACUCAUUCAGUUGAUUACCAUCACUAUCUCUGACUUGUUUAGUGUUCGACUUCGCAGCCUCUUCAUGGGGCUCAUCGAGUUCAUUUGGGCUAUUGCGGGGGCCAUGGGCCCUCUUGUCGGUGGUGCUUUCACCCAGUCCGUCUCCUGGCGAUGGAUUUUCUGGAUCAACCUCCCAGUCUGUGGAACGGCUUUUGUGCUACUUUUCUUCUUCUUGAACAUUCACAACCCUAGGACGCCAGUGCUGGCCGGCAUCAAGGCAGUCGAUUGGUGGGGUAGCUUCUCCAUGCUUGCCCUCAUCAUCUUGCUGCUGUUGGGGCUGGAUUUCGGAGGAGCCACGUUCCCCUGGGGCUCGCCGAAAGUGAUUUGUCUGAUCGUAUUUGGCGCCUUGAUGUCGGUCGCCUUUAUUUAUAGUGAGAAGCGCUUGGCUAAGUAUCCGCUCAUGCCACUGGGUGUCUUCCACAACAGAUCCAACGUUGCCUGCUUUCUGGUCGCAUUCACCCACGGCUUUGCUUUCCUCGGAUCGGAGUACUAUCUUCCGACCUAUUUCCAGUCAGCAAAAGAAGCAACUCCCUUCCACUCUGGACUUAUGAUUCUUCCAUUCGUGCUCACCGAAGCCGCUCUAAGUCUGUUUGCUGGUUUGUUUAUCCAUGGCACUGGCCGAUACCUGGAGAUCGUCUGGGCGGGAACCACCCUCGUUGUUCUCGGUGUCGGGCUAUUCAUCAAUCUCGACACCACCUCGUCGCUGGGUAAGAUUAUUGGGUACCAGAUUGUAACCGGCAUGGGAUGCGGCUUGCUCUUCUUCCCGCCCCUUCUUGCUCUACAAAGCAACGUUUCGCAACGGGACACUGCAAGCGCGACCGCAACAUUUGGAUUCAUCCGCAACGUGGCGAUGGCCAUGUCGGUGGUUCUGGGUGGCGUCGUGUUCCAGAACAGUAUGGAAAUGCGGCAGGGAGAUCUCCGCGCCGCAGGCUUGUCGUCGUCAUAUCUGGAUGAGUUCUCGGGGUCGGAAGCUGCGUCCAAUGUGGUGAUCAUCUCUUCUGUUCAGGAUGCGGAACAACGCCAUGCGGUAACCAACGCCUAUGCCUGGAGUCUUCGUAACAUCUGGAUUCUGUAUGCGUGUGUGGCGGCUGUUGGUUUUAUUGCCAGCAUGUUCAUCACCCGGCAGCAUCUUAGUAAGGAGCAUGUGGAGACCAAGACUGGACUGAAGGAGAAGGAAUCGACCAGCUCAUAGUGGGCAUUGUGAAUGUCGCCGAAGAUGUCGGUACAGAAAGGUUUGCUUUUGGCUACCGAAUCAGUACAUAGCUUGCAUUGUUACAUUUGUGUAUGGGUGUCGUGAUUGAGCAUCAGCCCAAUGGCCCUUUCAAGUCCCAGCUGUCAUAAAGAAUCAAUAGAACUCAAUCGACA